AUGCCAAAAAUUAAGUUCGUGGGACGGCCUUCCUUAGAUUUUUAUGGAAAAUACCUUAGUGAAAUUGCUAAGAAUUUAUGCAACCGAGGACGUGGGCGUGUCGUUGUUAAAGAGCAAGAAGAAAGUAGGUAUAAAGAGCCAUGCUUCUAUGUCAUCAAAAAUAUUGAUCCUUUAAUGUCGGAUUCAUCUGGUGUUAGGUGUCGUGCUUAUGCUGAACGUGUGUUUCGUGGAAGAAACUUUGGAGUCGCUCCCAUCCCGAAAUCAUACGAACCAGAUUUUCGUCUUCUAUCGAUCGAAGAGGGGAGGAAGUUACAGGAACUUGCCUCCCAGAAAGAUGUUUCUGCCCCGGACGUGCCAAUUAAGUGUGUUGCACCAAUGCCUCCAGUUCUAGCCAUCAAAUUGCAGCGCCUGGGGAAAAUCCCCCAAGCUACUAUUGACGCCGCACGUCGUGCUGUUCCUCCAAAUGCGACACCUGCUGCGCGAGAAGGAGAAGGCUUUCUCCUGUUAACGAAAAUCCCAGAUGAUCCUACUCUUUUUCUGGUGCCCAUUGAACCAGCAGAGGAAGAGAAGAUCAGAAUUUUCCCCGACUACGAAAUGCAGGCAAAAGAUGGCCUUGUUGAAAAAACUAGCGGCGCGGAUGAACAAAGAAAUGUCUACUACAUCAGGCGUAGCGACAGUCCUGGCAUACGGUGGCGUGUCGAGCUGGCGGAUAAAAAUGUGGAGGAUGAGUUGCUUCAGCCGAGACCCAAAACUGCAAAGCCUUCAUCAGGCGUUGCCUAA